AUGUUUGAUUUUGAAGUUACUUAUGUACCGGGCACAGAAAACAUCCUCAGCAAUGCUCUCUCUCAUGUCUACUCAAAUGAUUUGGCGGGUACAGUCUGUGCACCUGGUGAAUACACUGAGUACGAUGACACAGGAUUCUCGAUGAAAGUCACACUAUCCGUCAUCAGUGCACCUGUGCUUGUUGGACCAGAAGCUGAGUCUUCAGUGGUGAACUAUGUUGGAUGUCGUUCCAAACGUGUCCGUGAACGAGAAGGAGCUGAAACUGGGCGCCCCGAGACAUUGGAUGAAUUUGCCGCAAGAAUGAAAGAGUCGUUCAUGCUGCAAGGACCUCAGCUGGAGGGUGCGAGUGCUGGGGGAAAAGAGAAGGGCAAGAUGAGGGCUGUGGCUACUACCCCAAGCACAGAGAAGCUUACCAUUAGGCUUCCCGUGCUGUCAAAGUUGACGUUGGCCUUGGGCAAUGAUGCAUCUAAAGAUAGCUCACCUGAGAAUAACAUGGCAACUGAUACCGAGCUUGCCAACUCGGAGCCCAUCUCAGAUGAUUCCGUGGGCGCUAAUUCGGGCGCGUUAGACGAGAUUCCGCCAUUGGACUUAAAAAAGGAUAUUAGUGGCAUUGAUAUCCUUAAGGAAAUAAGGAAUAAUUACAGCUUGGACACUGUGUUUAAACCUGUAGUUGAAAAACCAUCUGAGUACAAGAACUUUGAUGUCAAAGAUGGCUUAGUUUACCUAAAGCAAGGUGACAGGAAGCUACUUGGCAUUCCCAGCAUCAAGGUUAAUAAUAGAAGUGCUCGGGAAAUCAUCAUUGCAGAAGGACACUCUGUGCUCGCACGUCUUGGAUUCAAGAAAACUUAUGAUUAUCUUAGGGAAUCUGUAUGGUGGAAGACCAUGUCCCAGGAUAUACAGAAGUAUUGUGACUCAUGUAUGACCUGCAAGCGCAGUAAGGAUGGAAAUCAAAAGCCUUAUGGAUUACUGAACCCUCUGGAUGUUCCUGGACAACCCUGGGAUGCCAUUGGUAUUGAUUUCAUAGGACCAUUACCAGAUUCUCGUGAUCGCGAUGCUGCUUACAAUGAGAUCACAGUCAUAAUUGAUCUGUUCACUGGGAUGACCAAACGCAGCAACCUUGCUGUUUCCACCACUGUCGACACCACCACUCCUCUCCCCUCCUCUUCUGACACUGCUCCUUCCCUUCCUACCACCAACACCGAUGUCGACAAUGCUCCUGCUUCCCCUCUCACACCCAUCGACCACACUACUCCCAAUGCUGAUCCGACCUUUGACCCUACCAUGGACAUUGCCUCCACAGCUCCCGUCGACGCGAUGGCUGCCGUCUCCAUCAACGACAACAUAGACGCACCUCAGGACACAAACACAGUGGACAUGAUGGAUUUCGACACAUCCACUACUGUCUUCACUGUACCCGUUGAAACCGCUGCUUCGGUCUUCGUGACGACCACCCCUGCGUUGAUGACAGCUACCCUUCAAUCGACCCCUGGCUCUCCUCAUACCACAGCCAUGAGCAUCGAUGAUGAUGUUGCAUCACUCUUUGCUGACUUUGCACUGACGCCUCCAUCUGCUCCCCACCUUCCGCGUGGUUUUAACAACCAGCCAGUCACAAACCUCUCGUACCCGGUAACAGGUUUCUCGUGGAUUUUCAAGAUUGGUUUUGGUGAUUUUCGUGUCACCGAUGACAGCCACAUCAUCCACUCAAUCAGCGCAUCGCAGCUAAAACAGUGUCUCAUAUUUCAUCAGAUCGUCAGCAAGGCCUAUGCACGAGGGUAUGCACACCAGGUUGAGAACCUCAUCGAACCCAUUGGAUACUGGGAGCUCGUUGCCUACCUCAACAACGACCACACCCAGAGCCGGAAAUUGGCUGUCAUCACCCAAAAUGACACCGUCACUCACUUUGCCCCCAACUUCGGUCCCGACAGCCGCUUUCCCCUCGAUGUCGACUUCCCUGAUGGGGAGACAGUCAAGGAUUUGCUCGAACAUCAGUAA